CCAGGCGGAAGCGGCGGCGCGGGGGCUGCCGGGAGCGGGGCGGUGGUCGCGGGUGGCGAUCGAUCCCGAUCGAUCCCGAUUGAUCCCGAUCGGCCGCGAUCGAUCCGGGCCCCGGGGCCCUCCCCCCGCCGCGAUGUUCUUCACGUGCGGCCCCAACGAGGCCAUGGUGGUGUCGGGUCUGUGCCGCAGCCCCCCGGUGCUGGUGGCCGGGGGUCGGGUGCUGGUGAUCCCCUGCCUGCAGCAGAUCCAGCGGAUCUCGCUGAACACGCUGACGCUGCCCGUGCGCAGCGAGAAGGUUUACACGCGGCACGGGGUGCCCAUCUCGGUCACUGGCAUCGCUCAGGUGAAGAUCCAGGGGCAGAACAAGGAGAUGCUGGCGGCCGCCUGCCAGAUGUUCCUGGGCAAGUCGGAGUCCGAGAUCGGCCAGAUCGCCCUGGAGACCCUCGAGGGCCACCAGAGGGCCAUCAUGGCCCACAUGACCGUCGAGGAGAUCUACAAGGACCGGCAGAAGUUCUCGGAUCAGGUUUUCCGGGUGGCCUCGUCCGACCUCGUCAACAUGGGGAUCUCCGUGGUCAGCUACACACUCAAGGACGUGCACGACGAGCAGGAUUACCUGCGCUCCCUGGGGAAGGCCCGCACGGCUCAGGUGCAGCGCGACGCCCGCGUGGGAGAGGCCGAGGCCAAGCGGGACGCCGGGAUACGGGAGUCCCGGGCCCGGCAGGAGCAGCUCUCGGCCCAGCUGCUCUCCGAGGGGGCCACGGCUCGCUCCGAGCGGGAUUUCCGGCUGUGCCAGGCCCAGUGUGACGGCACCGUCAGCGCCCGCCGCGCCCCCGCCGAGCUCGCCUUCCAGCUCCAGGCGGCCCGCACGCAGCAGGCGAUCGCGGAGCAGCGGGCGCAGGUGGAGGUGGUGGAGCGGGCGCAGCGGGCGCAGCUGCAGGAGCAGGAGGUCGGGCGGCGCCAGCGGGAGCUCGAGGCCACCGUCCGCAAACCCGCCGAGGCCGAGAGGUUCCGCCUCGAGCGCCUGGCCGAGGCCCAGAGGACGCAGGUGCUACUCCAGGCGGAGGCCGAGGCCGAGGCCCUCAAGGUGACGGGGGCGGCGCGAGCGGCCGCCGUGUCCUCCCGGGCUCGCGCCGAAGCCGCCGCCGCCGCCGCCAAGGCCGAGGCCUUCGGGCAGUUCCAGGAGGCCGCCGUCGUCGAGAUGGUGCUCAACAGGCUGCCCCAGGUGGCCGAGGCGGUGGCCCAGCCCCUGCUGGGGACCCGCCGGGUGACCCUGGUGGCCUCGGGCGGCUCCGGCGCCGUCGGCGUCUCCCGAAUUCCCGGCGAGAUCCUGGAGCUCGUCACCCGCCUGCCCCAGAGCGUGGGGGCGCUGGCACAGGUGACCCUGACGGAGCCUGAAGGUGCCACCGGAGCCACCCAAGUGUCCCCAAGUGCCACCAAAGUGUCCCCAAGUGCCACCAGCGGGACCCCCCCGGGCACCACCAACCCCCCCAAGUGACCCCAAAGCGUCCCCAAGUGCCACCACCCCCCAGGGCCACCAAACUGUCCCCAAAUGACCCCAAAGUGACCUUAAAGUGCCACCAACCCCCUGGGCCACCCUCAUGUCCCCAAGUGCCACCCCCCUGUCCCCAAAGUGCCACCCCCCCAAUGCCAUCAUGUCCCCAAAUGCCACCACCCCCCUGGGCCACCAAACUGUCCCCAAAUGACCCCAAAGUGUCCCCAAGUGCCACCAACCCCCUGGGCCACCAUCAUGUCCCCAAGUGCCACCCCCCUGUCCCCAAAGUGCCACCCCCCCAAUGCCAUCAUGUCCCCAAGUGCCACCACCCCGCAGUGCCCCCAAACUGUCCCCAAGUGAUCCCAAAGUGUCCCCAAGUGCCACCAACCCCUGUGACACCGAACUGUCCCCAAAGUGCCACCCCCCAAAUGCCAUCGUGUCCCCAGGUGCCACCCCCCUGUCCCCAGGUGCCACCCCCCCAAUGCCAUCAUGUCCCCAAGUGCCACCACCCCCCAGUGCCCCCAAACUGUCCCCAAGUGACCCCAAAGUGUCCCCAAGUGCCACCAACCCCCUGGGCCACCAUCAUGUCCCCAAGUGCCACCCCCCUGUCCCCAAAUGCCACCACCCCCCAGUGCCCCCAAACUGUCCCCAAAUGACCCCAAAGUGUCCCCAAGUGCCACCAACCCCUGUGACACCCUCAUUGUCCCCAAAGUGCCACCACCCCCCAGAGUGUCCCUGAGGUGCCACCACCCCCCGAAGUGUCCCCAAAGUGCCACCACCCCCCUGAGCUCAUCUUGUCCCCAAAGUGCCACCUCCCAGUGUCACCCUGUCCCCAAAGUGUCCCCAAGGAAGGUGCCACCACCCCCUGAGUGUCCCCAGAGUGUCCCCAAAGUGCCACCACCCCCCAAAGUGUCCCCAGAGUGUCCCCAACUCAAUAAAGUGGCAGCGCCGGCA